AUGGUGGAAUGGCGGCGUUCGUUUCUGCCGCUUAGUGAUACAGAAGAGGAGCUGCGGGCGAUGCUAGAUAGCGGCGUUAUGUAUUGGGCGGGUAGAGACAAAGCACUCAGGCCUCUUCUUAUUAUAAGAUUAGCUAGACUACACAAAACCGCAUCCCCUGAAGUGUUUAAACGCCUGACAAUUUUCUGCUUUGAGUGGGGGCUUCGCUACUUGAUGGUGCCUGGGCGUGUGGAGACAAUAACGGCGUUAUUUGACGUUCGUGGUUUGCCGCUGCAUCAAUUUCCGGUUAGCGCGUUGACGGAUAUGACGAGCACUCUGACGAAGCAAUAUCCUUUUAGACUGAACCGUAUGCUUAUAAUAAAUGAUUCUUUCUUUGUUCAGACUGUAUGGAAUAUAGCGAAGCAAUUUUUAACGGAGGUGCAGCAGCAGAAGAUGUUAUUUAUGAGGUCUGGAUUUGAGGAAGAACUGCUGAAGGAAUACACCCCCUGGCAGCUGGAGAAAUGCUACGGCGGCACGCGGCCGGAGUGGGCAGCAGCAGCAGCAGAGGUGUUUAGAGAGUUGCAGCUGCAGCAGCCAGAGAACCUCGCUGCUGCUGCUGCUGCUGCUGCUGCUGCUGGUGAUUGUGAUGCUGUUGCUGUUGGUGCUGCUGCUGAUGAUGAUGAGAAAGAAGAGAAAAAGAAAUGCGGUGUACGUACACCCGAAAGUAAAGAUGAAACAGAUAUAGGUAAAGAACCAGAAGAUGCAGCAGCAGCAGCAGCAGCAACUGCAGCAGCAGCAGCAACAGCAGCAGCAGCAGAGGCAACUGCAGCAGAUGCUGAAGCUAUUGCUGCUGCUGCUGAAAUAACAGCAAAGAACGCAGAAGCAGCAGCAGAAGCAGCAGCAGAAGCAUCGAUAAGAGCAGCAGAAGCAGCAGCAGAAGAAGCAGCGAAUCAAGAAGCCCCUGACCCAGCAGCAGCAGCAACACCACCAGCAGCAGCAGCAGCAGCAGCAGCAGCAGCAGCAGCAGCAGCAGCAGCAGCAGGUGUAGAUACACCCCAGGGCCACGAAGACGCAUCCGUCAGCAGCAAGGCUCAGGAUACACGCACAGAAAGCAGAAAAGAAUUUCUAGUUGAAGAAACAAAUAAACUAAAUGCUGCUGCACCUGCUGCAGCAGCAACAGCAACACAACUCUCAGAACAGGCUGUAAGAAUAUACACUCGCGCUGGCCUCGCUCUCCUUUUGUGUAUAUGUUAG